CUUAUUGUAACUGUAAUGCUUCCUUCCUUACAUAGUACCAUAGCAUUAAAUUCUCAAUCAAUAAACAUUUACUACUACUUCUUUUUUCUUUCUAUUAAACCCCAAUUAUACUCUUUCAUCAUCACAACACAAAUUAAAGUGCAAUUUCUAGUCCCCGUUUCUUUGAUCCAUAUGUACUUGUCUCAAUUCCCCAAAUAAGUACUCUAUACAAAAAUCACUCUGAGAAAAAAAAAAUGGAAGUUCAAGCCUCCAAUUAUAACCAAAUUUCAAAUGAUGAACACGAAAACGACCAUCUUAUUCUGGAUCUAAGCCUCGAUCACGGCGUUAAAUCCAAUAUCCAGACAACAGACGCAUCGCGAUCCGCAGGUUAUAAUAACGAAUCGGAGCCUCGGGUUUUUUCAUGUAAUUAUUGCCAAAGGAAAUUUUACAGUUCGCAGGCGCUAGGCGGACAUCAAAACGCGCAUAAACGAGAGAGAACAAUAGCGAAAAGAAGUCAAAAAAUGUCUGCAGCAGCUUUUGGUUACGAUAAUAAGUAUUCGAGCAUGGCUUCUUUACCAUUGCAUGGUUCAUUCAAUAGAUCUCUAGGAAUUCAAAUUCAUUCAAUGAUCCACAAGCCUACUAGCAGUACCGCUUUCGGCGCGCCGGCCUUGUACGGACAUCCUGGAUGGUCAAUUAGAAGGCCAAUUGAGCAGCAACCGGCCAUUGGCCGGCUUGCUCCAGAGAAUAAUUACCACGUGGCGGGUACAACAUCGUCAGGUGGUGCUGCUGCUAGAUUUGAUAACAUUAUCCAAAAAUUUCCUCAGGUUGAUGGUAUUUCACAGUACAGAUGGGAUAGUGGUGGUGGUCCUACUCAUUCAAAGAGUACUAAUAAACCAGACGAAAUGAAGAAGCUUGACCUCUCUCUCAGACUCUAAAUUAUUAGUACUACUAGAUUAUUUUUUUUCUUACCGUUAUUUCGUUUAGAUUUAUAUUUUCCUUUCAAGUUUCGCACUUAUGAGGUCCACUAUUGUACAUGUUCUUAUGCCAUCUGUGAUGUGAUUUUUCCGACAUUUU